CUGGGACAGAGGAGGGAGGAGGGUGUGGCAUUCUCUUGUCCUAGUUCUGUUCAGGGAGGGUGACCAGGGUGGGAGCCACCUUCCAGAAAUAGUCCUGGAGUGAGUCCAAUAUAAUAGAGGAGAAUGACUCUCAUUUUUUCAACUAUGUUGAAAAACUCGUAGCAGUAUGGUAGGGGGAGGAGGGGCUUUACAGAAAUGACAAAGUGUCUAGCUGUAAAGGAGAUAUAGAUGAGAAUAUUGCUUUAAGAGUUCAUUCCAAUCUAUUUGGAAAAUGACUCAAGGCACUCAACAGAAUGGAUAAGUGAGAUAGAAAGAAAGUGCUAGUAGAGAGAAAUCCUUCUUCAUGACCAGGAAGGACUUACCAGAGGACGUGGUAGGCAUUGGGUUCAUCAUAGUAAAUUUUUUUUAGAUUUAUUUUAUUUAUGUAUACAAGAACUGGGGGGUGUAGGCCAGAUGUGUGGAGGGUGAGAGGAUUCACUGGAGACAGAGUGGGGAGCAGAACAGGUGGAUCUACUGAUAUACACUGCUGAGGGGAGAAGCGGGAGAGCAGACAGAAAAGGUCUGCUGCACCAUGUGGGUCAGCUACCUGACCAGGGAUCUAACUGUUGCUACAGUGGCUGGCGAUGGCUUGAUAGCACUGACUAACCGCCGUGCCACGAGGGGAAGCCCUAUCAUAGUAAUAUUGACCUCUCUUUUUGAGUGCUUAUUAGGGCCUGGCAGUGUGCUUUUUUAUCACAUGUGUGACUUUACUAGUUCUCACAACAACCCCAAGAGGUUGGUACUUAUGUAAUAAAUCUCAGUUAAUAGAUUAUGGACUGAGACUAAGAGAGGUUAAGAAAAUUGCCCAUGGUUACACAGCUAGGAAGGGUAGAGGUGGGAUUCCAACUACAUUCGUACUCCAGACUAACCCUUAACCACUAAAUCCUCUAUAGAGAUGUAGAAGGAGAUGGAGGUGGAAAAGAAGAUUGGAUACUCACCAUAGUCUAAUAGAUGGCUUCACAUAUUCUGCAAAGGAAUUUGAACUUUAUACUGUAUCUAGUUGGAAAAAACAAAUAGCUUUUAAGCCCAAUAGUGAUGCAAUCACAGUGAAACAUUAGGAAGGUUAUUCAGGAGCUUGCGGCUGGGAGCCUGGCCAAGGGGCUGUCACCACUGUCCAGGUGAAAGGUGCCAAGGAUCUGCUUGGUAGCAGUAAGGACAGAGACAAGAGACAUUUCAGGAGUAGAGUUGACAGGCUGAAGGGCCUGACUAACUGUGGACAGUAUCUGGGCAUGCCAUUGACCAAAGUGACAACAGCCAGGGAUACAGUGAAGAUGCCCCGUAAGCACUUGGAGACUUGGGACAAAAUUCUCAGGGUUGGUGAAGUGGAUGAGUUGUCUACAUCGAAUUGAUAAUUGAAUUGAAUUGAUAAUUGAAUCCAUAAGCACAGAUGAGCUCAAGGUCAAAGUGUAGAGAAAGCCAAGGUGAAUCACUAUCCCUGACUCCAUUCAAAUGGUCUUUCCCACUCUUGUGCCCAGUCCAGACUUCUUGGCAGCCUGGGCUGGAGUCCCCCAUAAAGCAGAGUACCCCGCCAUCAUGCAAAUCAUGCCCUUCGUCCCCACAGCAUUGAAAGUCUCGCCUUCCUCAUCCCCAACCCCCCAGGGACACACUCAGGACACCAACACCUACUUUCUGUGUCGGACACUACGCUCUUUGGGGGUCCAGGUGUGCCGAGUCUCUGUUGUACCCGAUGAGGUAGCCACCAUUGCAGCUGAGGUCAACUCUUUCUCCAGCCGCUUCACUCAUGUCCUCACAGCAGGGGGCAUUGGCCCCACUCAUGAUGAUGUAACCUUUGAGGCAGUAGCACAGGCCUUUGGAGAAGAGCUCAAGCCACACCCUGAACUGGAAGCAGCCAUCAAAACCCUCGGAGGGAAGGGCUGGGAGAAGAUGUCACUGGUGCCAUCCUCUGCCCGCCUGCAUUAUGGCACAGAUCCUCACACCGGCCACAUCUUCAGAUUCCCACUGGUCUCUGUCCGAAACGUCUACCUCUUCCCAGGUAUCCCAGAGCUGCUGCAGCGGGUGCUAGAGGGCCUGAAGGGCCUGUUUCAAAACAAAGAUGUUCAGUUCCACUUGCGAGAGCUAUAUGUGGCAGCUGACGAGGCCUCUAUUGCCCCCAUUCUGGCUGAGGCCCAGGCCCACUUUGGACGCAGGCUUGGUCUGGGUUCCUACCCCGACUGGGGCAGCAACUACUAUAAGGUGAAGCUGACACUAGACUCAGAAGAAGAAGGACCUGUGGAGGAGUGCCUGGCCUACCUGACCACCCGUCUGCCCCAGGGAUCACUGGUCCCCUAUGUAUCCAAUGCCGUGGAGCUUGCCAGUGAAGCCGUAUACAGACUCACCGAAACAGGUUCUUCUCUGGGAUGCAAGGUGGCCGGCGCCCUGCAGACCAUUGAGACUGCCCUUGCUCGGUACAAGCUCACCCAACUCUGUGUGGGCUUCAACGGGGGCAAGGACUGCACUGCCCUCCUGCACCUCUUCCAUGCAGCUGUGCAGAGGAAAUACCGUGAUGCCCGAGACCCUCUUCAGAUCCUGCAUAUCCGCAGCAUUUCACCUUUCCCUGAGCUGGAGCAGUUCUUGAAGGAUACCAUCAAGAGAUAUAAUCUGCAGGUACUGGAGGCGGAAGGUGACAUGAAGCAGGCCCUGAGUGAGCUGCAGAUACAGCAUCCCCAGCUGGAGGCCGUCCUCAUGGGUACCCGGCGCACCGACCCCUACUCCUGUAGCCUCUGUCCAUUCAGCCCCACUGACCCCGGCUGGCCAUCUUUCAUGCGCAUCAACCCGCUGCUGGACUGGACCUACAGAGACAUCUGGGACUUUCUGCGCCAACUCUUUGUCCCAUACUGUAUCCUGUAUGACCGAGGGUACACGUCCCUGGGAAGCCGGGAGAACACAGUGCAGAACCCGGCCCUGAAGUGCUUGAGCCCCGGGGGACGGCCCACUUACCGGCCAGCCUAUCUACUUGAAAAUGAAGAUGAGGAGCGCAACUCCCGCAUGUGACCCCCCUACUCCUAUCCACUCCAGGAGGGGGGAAGCUGUCCUGGGCUGUAACCUGUCAAUAAACUGUCUCUC